AAAGCUGUUGCACGUUAGAAAAAAAACUAGCCCUGUUCUUUCAAUCAACAAUUUUGACUUGAUUUCUCUAUUACAAACCCUUUUUUAUUUUUCAAUCAUUAGAAAAAUGUUGAUUUAUCUCAUUUUGGUAUCGAAAAUUAUAUUGAGUGUGCAAAUGUCACAAAAUAAAAGUUUCAAGUGAAAAUGUGAUAGUUCCUACGAUAGCCACCAGGUGGCGAAAAUUGGAAAAUAAAAAUGUCCGACGUUGUUUUGUCCACAUUUUAUGAUGUUUGAACGCUUGAUAUAGGUGUGUCGUCAUUUCAGUUUUGGUGUUUAACGUAAGAAGUUAUCAAAAUGGCCCCAGUAGUUACGGUUGAUAUGGAUCCUCCCCAGGAAGAAGAGGAACAAUCCUCCGCCCCCAUCAAGCCUGUUAUAGGCAUUAUAUACCCUCCACCAGAGGUGAGAAACAUUGUAGACAAAACAGCAAGUUUCGUCGCAAGAAAUGGUCCAGAAUUUGAGUCGAGGAUUAGAUCCAAUGAAAUCAACAACCCAAAAUUUAAUUUCCUCCAGCAAAAUGAUCCAUACCAUGCCUACUACCAACAUAAGGUUAAGGAUUUUGCUGAGGGAAAGGGACAGGAACCAGCUGCCCCUAAACCUGGUAGUAUGAUGAUGAAUCUUAAAUCCCAACAACAAGAAUUAAUUGAACUCAUCAUCCCUAAGGAACCCCCACCUGAGAUGGAAUUUGUUGCUGAUCCACCAUCAAUUUCUGCAUUUGAUUUAGACGUUGUGAAACUCACUGCUCAGUUCGUAGCUAGAAAUGGCCGACAGUUUUUGACAAAUCUGAUGAACAGGGAGCAGAGAAAUUAUCAGUUUGAUUUCCUUCGACCUCAACAUAGUUUGUUUAACUACUUCACCAAGUUAGUUGAACAAUACACAAAAGUUCUGAUUCCACCCAAGGAUCUUUUGAACAAGCUGCGAAAGGAUGCUGAAGCUUCAAAGCCAGUUCUUGAGCAGGUGAAAUACCGUGUUGAGUGGGCAAAGUUCCAGGAGCGUGAACGACAGAAAGAGGAAGAGGCAGUUGAACGGGAGCGUGUAGCAUAUGCGCAAGUUGAUUGGCACGAUUUUGUCGUAGUUGAAACAGUUGAUUUUCAGCAAAAUGAAGUUGGAAACUUGCCACCACCUACGACACCUGAAGAAGUGGGAGCUCGUCUUCUUGCACAAGAACGUGUCGGCCAGAGAGGAGAUGAUGAUGCUGCUAUGGAGAUUGAAUCAGAUGAAGAAGGCUCAACAUCGGAAGAGGAGUCAGAUGAAGAGGAAGAAGACGCUGAACCCGAGAAGCCACCAAGACCUGAUAUCAACACUCAAAUUGAAGACAUGGAUGAGGAUUCUGAUGAAGAGCAGCCUCAGCAGAGACCACCUCCUAUGAAGCCUCCAUUGCCUCCUUCUAGACCCCCAUUACCCCCCUCUGAUAAACCCCAACCCCCUCCCCUGCCACCGAUGCCAGGUCAAGUGGUUGUUAAAAACUACAACCCGAAGGCGCCUAAACUCCUUCCGGAUAACCCACUCUCAGAUCAGUUCCUCAUCUCCCCUAUUACUGGAGAGAAAAUCCCAGCAGAUAAACUUCAACAGCAUAUGAAAAUUGGGCUACUGGAUCCGAAAUGGAUGGAGCAGAAAGAUCGUGAAAUCGCUGAGAAAAGGGAACAAGAGGAGGUAUUUGCCCCUGGAUCCUCCAUCGAGAGCAGCCUGAAGAAUCUAGCCGAGAGACGUACUGAUAUCUUUGGUAGUGAAGAAACGAUGAUCGGUAAAAAGAUUGGAGAGGAAGAAGGUCCUGUAAAGGAGAAGGUCACAUGGGAUGGCCACUCAGCUUCUAUGGAGAAGAUUUCCCAAAAGGCUAGGGAGAACAUCUCCAUUCAGGAACAGAUUGCUGUAAUUCACAAGGUUAAGGGUUUCAUACCAGAUGAGGAAAAGGAAAAGAUUGGGCCUGCAAUGCCCAAGACAACCCAGCAACAGGCUCCCUCAAGUCUACGCACCAUUGUGCAACAAACCCCCAAGGAACCACCCAAGCCACAACCCCCUAAACCAGCUCCCCCUAAGGCUGCUCCCCCAAUAUCUAAACCCCUUCCUCCUCCCCCAGUUGCAAGACCCCCAAUGCCUCCAAACAUGGCACCACCCCCUAUGCAUAUGCCACCUCAGCCCCCUGGAGGUAUGGUAGUUAUGCAGCCCAGGCCUGUACCACCCCCUAGGCCUCCACAGUUGCUAGCAAUGAGGCCCCCAAUGCCCCCAAUGAUGCAGCCUCACAUGGGUGGACCCCCAGGGUACAUGCCAAGGCCCCCACCCCCCAGGCCCAUGGAUCAGCAGAGACCCCCACCCAUGAGGGAUGAACCGCCAUCCAAGAAGGCAAAGACCGAAGAUAACCUGAUACCAGAAAAUCAGUUCUUGGCGCAGAAUAAUGGUCCUGUCCAGUUUAACGUCCAAGUUCCUGAUCAGUCUGACAAACCAGAAUGGAACCUUAAGGGUCAGUCCCUCACAUUUACCCUCCCCCUUACGGAUAACGUCUCUGUCAUUAAGGCUAAGAUCAACGAGUCGCUUGGGAUGCCGGCUGGAAAGCAGAAGUUGCAAUACGAAGGCAUGUUCAUCAAGGAUUCCAACACUUUGGCAUUUUACAACUUCACUAAGGGAACCACUGUUGUCCUGCAGUUGAAGGAGAGAGGAGGCAGAAAGAAAUAAGGAAAUGAUGAAUGAUCAAGGAAAUAUAGAAGGAAUAUGGACAUGAUAAAGGAAUCAGGAAAUGAUUAAGGAAGAAAUCGAUGAGGGAAGAAAUCUGGACAUAAUACAUGAUCAACUCAAAUAUUUUUAUUAAUGAUUAGCCUGAUUUUUUGCCGAACUAAGGCAAGAAGAGACAAUUAUGUCUUCAGAUGAAGGCUAGGGAAUUUUGGACUCUUAUUGAAUUUGUAAAUAUUUUUUGUUUUGUUUUAUGUUACUCAGAAAUCAUGAGGAUUGAAAUAAUUUAGAAAACAGUGGUUUAUAUUACGUAGUUAUGCAAAAUGUAUCAUGCCUGAAU